AUUUUUCGAAGAACAGUUUUCCUAGCAUGUUUGUUUUCUUUUACAGCUGCUACUGUACUUGAGUGUCUUGAUAACUGCAAGCUGUCAGAAAGUAAUCAGAUGGUUCUUCGCAAGCUAGGAAUGAAACUUGUUCAACGACUUGGCCUGACAUUUGUGAAACCGAAGGUAGCAAAAUGGAGAUACCAGCGUGGCUGUCGAUCUCUGGCUGCCAAUCUGCUAACUCAGAGUUCAGUUGUGCAGAAUCAAAUGAUAUCAGUUGCUGCUAAUGAAGCUGAAGAUGAAGAGGAAUAUGACAUUCCAGGAGAGAUUGAAAAUGUUGUAGAGCAAUUGUUGGUUGGACUGAAAGACAAAGACACUAUUGUCAGGUGGUCUGCAGCAAAAGGAAUUGGUAGAAUAACUGGAAGACUUCCAAAAGAAUUAGCAGACGAUGUGAUCGGGUCUCUGUUGGAUUGUUUUAGUUUCCAGGAAACAGACAAUGCAUGGCAUGGUGGAUGCCUGGCUCUGGCUGAAUUAGGCAGAAGAGGAUUGUUGCUCCCUUCCCGAAUUUCAGAUGUUGUUCCUGUCAUUUUGAAAGCGCUGACGUAUGAUGAGAAGAGAGGGGCGUGCAGCGUGGGUUCCAAUGUGAGAGAUGCAGCGUGCUAUGUGUGCUGGGCCUUCGCUCGUGCUUACGAUCCUGCAGAACUGAUACCAUUUAUUAAUCGGAUUUCAAGUGCAUUGGUUAUUGCUGCAGUAUUUGAUCGUGAUGUUAAUUGCAGAAGAGCUGCUUCUGCUGCCUUCCAGGAGAAUGUUGGGAGACAGGGCACUUUUCCACACGGCAUAGACAUUCUAACUGCAGCUGAUUACUUUGCUGUUGGUAACAGAGUUAACUGUUACCUGUCUAUAAGCGUGUAUAUUGCUGGCUUUCCUGAGUAUACACAGCCAAUGAUCGAUCAUUUAGUUAACAUGAAGAUUAACCAUUGGGAUAGUGUUAUUCGAGAAGUUUCAACCAAAGCUCUGCAUAACCUUACUCCACGGGCUCCUGAGUACAUGGCAAAUGUGGUUUUGCCAAGACUUCUGCCUUUAUCUGUUGGCACAGAUCUGCACACACGCCAUGGGGCAAUUCUUGCCUGUGCUGAGAUCACCCAUGCGCUGUGUAAGCUAGCAGAAGAGAAUAAAAGAUCUAUAUCGUAUUAUUUCAAUGAAAAAUCACUGGAGGGACUUAAGCAAAUCCAUCAAGAGCUUUGCAGUCGUCAAUUAUACAGGGGCCUAGGUGGAGAACUGAUGAGACCAGCUGUCUGCACUUUAAUUGAAAAGUUGUCACUAUCAAAAAUGCCAUUUAGAGGAGAUCCAAUAAUCGGUGGCUGGCAAUGGCUAAUAAAUGACAGUCUAAGAAGUCUCCCUCUUGUUUCAAGUGCUGCAAGACAGCAUAUAAAGGAGUCUGCAGUCUCUGCACUGGCUGCACUGUGUAAUGAAUAUUACAUCAAUGAGAAGGGAGAAGCUGAUCCAGCUCUACAGGAUGAGCUGGUGACACAAUACGUUUCAGAACUACAAAACACAGAGGAAAUGAUUCGUUGUGGCUUUUCACGAGCUCUUGGGGCCCUUCCAAGAUUUCUACUAAAGGGCAGGCUCCAACAGGUUUUGGAGGGUUUGAAGAAAGUUACCUUAAUUUCCUCUGCAGAUGUGAGCUUUGCAGAAUCCAGAAGAGAUGCCCUAAUAGCAAUUGCAAAGGUUUGCCAGACAGUAGGUGUAAAGGGAGAAGGAUCCCAAGAAGAAUACGUCUGCAACGAUAACGUUACUCAGAUUUAUGCUACACUACUUAAUGGUGUGACUGACUACACCACAGACAGCCGAGGAGAUGUUGGAGGAUGGGUCCGUGAGGCUGCUAUGACAAGUUUAAUGGAAGUGACACUUCUGCUGGUUCAGAAUGAAGCGGAGUUAAUUAAUGCCAACAUCUGCAAACAGAUUAUGUGCUGGCUGGCCCAACAGUCAGCUGAAAAAAUUGAUAAAUUUCGAGCUCAUGCAGGAUCAGUGUUCCUUACUCUUUUACAUUUUGACCGUCCCCCAGUUCCACACAUACCUCAUCGAGAAGAGCUGGAGAGGAUAUUUCCAAGGUCAGAGAAAGAGACUCUGAACUGGAAUGCAGCAUCAGAAGCUUUCCCUCGAAUCACCCAGCUGCUGGGUUUGCCAGCAUACCAAUACUAUGUGCUUCUGGGUCUCUCGGUGUCUGUUGGUGGAUUAACAGAGACAACGGUAAGAAAGCAGCGUGGCUUUCCUGUUUG